AUGGAGACUGGCAGGUUCAACAAAGUUCCUUGGCUGGCUGGCGGUUCAUUUGUGAGUGAUGAAUUGAGACAGCUCACAAAAGAACACUGGGGAACGCAGUCAAAGCUCAUGUACCUGCUGGGAACCUACUUUGAGGACAAGGAUGAAGUUCUGGAAUUGAUUGAAUCACAUUACUUUGAUGAACCAUGGGGAGGCUUGGAUAGCAUUUUUGACCUGGAAAGA